AUGCAGCAGCAAGCGCAAGCAGCACAAGUCCCUGGGCAUACAGAGAAGCAGCGCAUGGUAGUUGAGGAAGCAACAGCUCAGAGAAUGGAUUUGUUGCAGAGCAGGUUUUCUUCUCAGCAGAAACCAGCACAAGAGCUGCAAGCCCAGCAAACAGCGCUUCAACAAAAGCUUUGGGAGCAAGAAAAAGCAGAAAAAGCAGCACACUUGGCUCUUGAAGCGCAGCAGCAAAGGCUGGCCUCACUUCGUCAAGAGCUCCAGCAACAAGAUGCCAUGCAGGGUGGGGCUUUCUCCAGGCAGCCAGUGGGUUUGCGUGGUCAAUCGUUGCCUUCAAGUCCUGAUGGGCAACAGGUCUACAAAAGGGCUCGCAUUGGGGCUCUGUCUGGUGGUGGGCACUUCGAAGGCCCUGUGAAGUCAGGAAAGUGGCUUGAGGCACCAGUGACACCAGGCCAAUUGUUCCGUGAGUCUUUGACCCCACGCUCUAUGACCCCAACGUCUCCAGCAGAGGUGUUGCAACCUGAGCAGCCGGCAGGGGUGGCGCAAGCAGCAGCUCCUUGGCGGGCAGCAGCAGGGGGGGAGGCAAGGCUUCCUGAGGCAAUUCCUGCACAGCCUUUGCAGGGUGGAAAUUUUCCUUUUCAACCAGAAGUGCAGCCAGAAGUGUCUCCUGCUCUUGCGCAGACAGCAUCUCCUGCGCAGCAUUCUUCGCUGUCAGCAAUGUCUCCUUCGCAGAUGGGGCAGCUGGGGCACGCAGAGCUGGCACAGGCUUGGGGAUUCCUGUAUCGGAUGUGCCGCGACGGAGAGAAAAAGAAGGUCCCUCAGGAAAUCCUGGAUGCUUGGAGGUCGGGUGGGGCUGCGCGGAACAAGCUGUUGCAGACCUUUGUGAAGCGAUGCUUUCAGCCGGAGGAGGACUACGCAGCCAACCGUACAAGGCAAUUUUCAUGUGCUUUCCUGCCCCCAGCUCAAUAG